AUGGAACUUCCAGCACUAGUUUGCCAUACAUUGUAAAAUGAGUGCUUUAGAGUCAGACGUUCAUUUAUUAGCACUAAAAGUAAUGCGUCUAACCAGACCUGCUUUGGUUGCACCUGGACCAAUCGUAAAUUGUGAUCUGCGAGAUUUACUUCAGCCCUUUUCUAAUGUUCAGAAAAAGGACAAAAAAAGUGAAGUUGUUGGAAAACCCCUGACAGCGGGUUACAUUUUAUUACUUCCGCAGUCAUUCGGGAAUAUAUAUCUAGGCGAAACUUUUUCAUGCUACAUUUGCGUUCACAAUUGUACUGCGCAUUCUGUUGAAUCUGUCACAGUAAAGGCGGACCUACAGUCUAAUACUUCUCGUAUUAAUUUGCCGAUAAAUGAAAAUUGCAAGUCCUCUGUAAUGUUAGCGCCCGAUGAAACUUUAGAUGAUGUGAUACGCUAUGAGGUUAAAGAAAUUGGUACACAUAUACUGGUUUGCGAAGUCAACUACACUAGUCCUGCUGGAUUCAGCCAAUCGUUACGAAAAUUUUUCAAGUUUCAAGUACUUAAACCACUUGACGUAAAGACCAAAUUUUAUAAUGCGGAAAUGGAUGAAAUAUACCUAGAAGCUCAAAUACAAAAUGUUACGACUGGACCUUUUUGCCUAGAAAAAGUGGAAUUGGAUAUCUCGGAACAUUACACAGUCACAUCCUUAAACACUCUUCCAAAUGGAGAGUCCGUGUUAACAUCUAAACACAUGCUGCAGCCGAACAAUAGCUGCCAGUUUCUAUAUUGCAUAAAGCCAAAAUCCACUAUUGCGAGAUGCUCCAAAGUAUUGCGUCAAUUUACCAAUGUUGGUAAGCUUGAUAUCGUUUGGCGAUCUAAUCUGGGUGAAAAAGGUAGAUUGCAAACAAGUCAAUUGCAACGAUUGCCUUUCGACUACAAAGAUCUUUGUUUGGAAGUGCUAGAUGCUAAAAACAUAAUUAAAAUUGGAUCAACAUUUUCCUUUUUGUGUAGAGUUACAAAUAGUUCAGAACAUCCUAUGAAAUUGCAUAUCCGUCUUGAUACUAAAUUGUCGACAAACAGCUAUACUGGAUCUGCUGAUUUUCUUUUGGAGACAAUACAACCGGCGGAAAGGACCGAGUUUUCUUUAUCAAUUUGUCCUUCAAAUUUGGGCCUUAUCAGAGUAUCACCCUUGUUACUGGUUGAUACUCUACAAAACAGGCGGUAUUAUUUUGAAGAAGUUGUAGAUGUUUUUGUUGUUGAUACUGACUAUUAUCAAGAUGAUGUGUUUUUUCUUAAUAAGUUAACUGAAUACGAAAAUUCACAGGUAUUACUAAGACAAAAGAAAGUUCAAUUGCAAGUUGUUUAGUUAUGAUACGUGUAAAUUACCGACAAGCAAGCAUACACUGUGGUAAAUAUAUUGUUUUUGUAAGUAUUAAACAUAAUACAAUUAUUGAACAGAUAAAUAAAACACAUAAAAUCGGGAUAAUUA